AUCAGCCAUCGAGCCCAUAGAAAAAAAACAGAGGAAGUCACAGAAAUCAAAGCAAUUUUAUUAUGCAAAUAGAUAGAAAAAUAAAAGGGAGUGAGAUAGAAAGGGUCCCUAUCCCUAUUCGCCCAUUCUGAUAAAGGAUGUGACUCAGCUUCUGUCCUAAAGGGAGUCUGUAGAUUAUAGAUACCCAUUUCCAAACUUAAAAAGUCAUCUCUUUUCCUCCAUUAACACAAGCAGGUCAAGUCCCAAGACUCUGCCUUUUCUCGUCCGUUCAUCCUCCCUGCCUAUGGACAAUUCUACUUCAACAGCUUCUUCUACUCACACAACCUUAUCAAAGCCAAAAUGGGUUCUUCCUUACCGCACCCAGAACCUCAGAGACCAUUACUCCAUAGGCAAAAAGCUUGGCCAAGGUCAGUUUGGUACCACUUAUCUUUGUACCCAUAAGCCCUCAGGUCUUAACUAUGCCUGCAAAUCCAUCCCCAAAAGGAAGCUCCUUUGCAAAGAAGACUAUGAAGAUGUUUGGAGAGAAAUCCAGAUAAUGCACCACCUAUCUGAGCACACUCAUGUGGUCAGGAUCAGAGGAGCCUUUGAGGAUGCCUAUUGUGUCCACUUGGUCAUGGAGCUAUGUGAGGGAGGUGAGCUCUUUGAUAGGAUAGUCAAGAAAGGUCAUUACAGUGAGAGAGAGGCUGCUAAACUGAUCAAGACCAUUGUUGGUGUUGUGGAGGCUUGUCACUCUCUUGGCGUCAUGCAUAGAGAUCUUAAGCCUGAAAAUUUUCUGUUUCAUAGUGUUGAGGAGGACGCUGCUCUCAAGGCUACUGAUUUUGGCCUCUCUGUAUUUUAUAAGCCAGGUGAGACCUUCUCUGAUGUUGUUGGGAGUCCAUACUAUGUUGCGCCAGAGGUGUUGCGCAAACAUUAUGGACCUGAAGCAGAUGUAUGGAGUGCUGGAAUUAUUUUGUAUAUCUUAUUAUCUGGAGUGCCACCAUUUUGGGCAGAAACUGAAAUGGGGAUCUUCCGGCAGAUAUUACAAGGAAAAAUAGAUUUUGAGUCUGAACCAUGGCCUAGCAUUUCAGAAAGUGCCAAGGAUCUCAUAAGAAAAAUGCUUGAACGGAAUCCAAGGAGAAGGCUAUCAGCUCAUGAAGUAUUAUGCCAUCCAUGGAUUGUUGACGACAGAAUUGCUCCAGAUAAGCCUCUUGAUUCCGCUGUUUUAUCCCGCCUGAAACAAUUCUCUGCGAUGAACAAACUUAAGAAGAUGGCUUUGCGAGUCAUAGCAGAGAGGCUUUCAGAAGAAGAGAUUGGCGGUUUGAAAGAGCUCUUCAAAAUGAUAGAUACAGACAAUAGUGGAACGAUAACUUUUGAUGAAUUGAAGGAAGGCUUAAAGCGAGUAGGCUCUGAACUUAUGGAGUCUGAGAUAAAGGAUUUGAUGGAUGCAGCUGAUAUUGACAACAGUGGUACAAUUGACUAUGGUGAAUUUCUUGCUGCCACUGUACACUUGAAUAAGUUGGAAAGAGAGGAGAAUUUGGUGUCAGCUUUCUCGUUCUUUGACAAAGAUGCUAGUGGUUAUAUAACCAUCGAUGAGCUUCAACAAGCCUGCAAAGAGUUUGGCUUAAGUGAGCUCCACCUUGAUGAAAUGAUAAAAGAAAUCGAUCAAGAUAAUGAUGGACAAAUAGAUUAUGGGGAAUUUGCUGCAAUGAUGAGGAAGGGCAAUGGAGGAAUUGGUAGGAGAACCAUGAGAAGAACAAUCAACUUGGGAGAUGCUUUAGGAUUGACAACCAAUGGUUCUAAGGAAUUUGAUUGAUGCUCACAUCAACUCUGCUAACUAUACAGACUUCUAUCAAUAUUCAGAAACCAUCAGCUAAUUUUUAAUCUUUAUGAGUGGCCUAGCCAAAUUUUGCA